AUGAAAUUCAUUGUAAAUGAAUUAGUGUCGCUAUGCAUGGAAUUUAAUGAAAGAUGUGUCCUUGCUGUGCUCAUUGCACCGAUUUUCCCCGAAGCGCUGCGCAAUGCCUCUUGGACAAUUGUCGUAAUCGAAUCAACUAGCCGUCGUUCUUUUCAGCGUUUGAUCGAAAAAGCCGCUCGUCUUCAACGUAAACGUCUACGUGGUCAGAAACGCGAGAAGUUACGACGUGAACGGAAAGCCCGGCACAGCGUGCUGAAGAAAGCGAUACGAGACGCUAAAGCGAUCCAAAAAGCUGCAGCAGCUGCUGAAGGGUCGUUGUGGUUCGACAGGAGGCUGAAGAGACUAGAAGCGGCAUCGCGUCGUCGCGAGGAGAAAGCGAGAAGACGUGCCGAGCACGAGACUCGCAAAGAGGCACGUCGUGCGAAACGCGAUAAGAAGCGAGGUCGUAAACGACGCGAUCCGAACAAGGUCAGCUCAGCUUCGAAGAAGAGCAAGGACGCGCUCAACGCUAUCGCCGGAACUGGAGCUGCUGGUGCUGCUGCCGCUGGUACUAUCUUAGGCUCG